UCCCCGCUCGGAGCAGCGAGAGAGCGGAGCGAACCGAGCCGCGCACCCGCUGCCGCCGCGCGCCCGGCUCUCCUUGCGUCGCACUCCAGCCAGGCGCCGGUGCCCCGAGCGGCCGCCCGCGGAGCCCGCGACAGCCCCGCUGGGCUCGGCAGCAUCCUCCCGCCGCCCAGCCCCCGCACGCUCCCCGCCUUUUAAAAGGACCUCCCGCCACUUCCCCGCUCUGUCCCGGGAUCCCCCAGCCCCGCGCUUCUCCCCGCUCCACUUCGCAGCAACUUCGGCGGCCGCGCGCCGCCAGCCUCGCCCGCCUUUGAAGUUUGCAGCGCCCACGGCAAAGUUGGGACACUUUGGCCGAUUUAAUUUUUCUCUUUUAUCUGCCUCCUCCUCCGCCUCCCAGCCCCUUCGGUUCCUGAGUACUGGUGCUUAGCAUCUUGGCCGGUGCCGGGGACGUGGACUGUUUCGCACACCACACCUCGGGGAGGGAUUUUUCCUCUCCCCCUCCCAGGAAAAUCAAACAGAUUUUUGUAAGGAUGGUGCCUCUCCACUGGUGUCUACUAUGGCUGCUAUUACCACUCAGCUCAAGGACUCAGAAGUUACCCACUCGAGAUGAGGAACUUUUUCAGAUGCAGAUCCGGGACAAAGCAUUUUUUCAUGAUUCAUCAGUAAUUCCAGAUGGAGCUGAAAUUAGCAGUUAUCUCUUUAGAGACACACCCAAAAGGUAUUUCUUCGUGGUUGAAGAAGACAAUACUCCAUUAUCAGUCACAGUGACUCCCUGUGAUGCACCUUUAGAGUGGAAGCUGAGUCUCCAAGAGCUGCCAGAGGAGGCAAGCGGGGAAGGCUCCGGUGACCCAGAGCCUCUGGAGCAGCAGAGGCAGCAGAUCAUUAAUGAGGAAGGCACAGAAUUAUUCUCCUACAAAGGCAACGAUGUGGAGUAUUUUAUAUCUUCUAGUUCUCCAUCUGGUUUAUAUCAGUUGGAGCUUCUUUCAACAGAGAAAGACACGCAUUUCAAAGUCUAUGCCACCACAACUCCAGAUUCUGAUCAGCCCUACCCCGAAUUACCUUACGACCCAAGGGUAGAUGUUACCUCCCUGGGACGCACCACGGUCACUCUGGCCUGGAAACCGAGCCCCACGGCCUCCUUGCUGAAACAACCCAUUCAGUACUGUGUGGUCCUCAACAAAGAGCACAAUUUCAAAAGCCUCUGCGCAGUAGAAGCCAAACUGAGCGCAGAUGACGCUUUCAUGCUGGCUCCAAAACCCGGUCUGGACUUCAGCCCCUUUGACUUUGCCCAUUUUGGGUUUCCUUCAGAGAAUUCGGGUAAAGGACGCAGCUUGCUAGCAAAGCCUUCUCCCAAACUGGGGCGGCACGUCUACUCGAGGCCCAAGGUCGACAUUCAGAAAAUCUGCAUCGGAAACAAGAACAUCUUCACCGUCUCAGAUCUGAAACCCGACACCCAGUACUACUUCGAUGUCUUCGUGGCCAACAGCAACAGCAACAUGAGCACGGCGUACGUGGGCACCUUUGCCAGGACCAAGGAGGAAGCGAAACAGAAGACGGUCGAGCUAAAGGACGGGAAAGUCACGGAUGUGUUCGUCAAGCGGAAGGGAGCGAAGUUUUUACGGUUUGCGCCAGUCUCUUCUCACCAAAAAGUCACUUUCUUUAUUCACUCCUGUCUGGAUGCUGUUCAAAUCCAAGUGAGGAGGGACGGGAAACUUCUUCUGUCUCAGAAUGUGGAAGGUGUUCGGCAGUUUCAGCUUCGAGGAAAGCCCAAAGCGAAGUACCUCAUCCGCCUGAAAGGACACAAGAAAGGAGCAUCGAUGCUGAAAAUACUGGCUACCACAAGGCCCAGCAAGCAGCCCUUCCCCUCUCUUCCUGAAGACACAAGAAUCAAAGGCUUCGACAAGCUCCGCACCUGCUCUUCGGCCACUGUGGCGUGGCUGGGCACUCAGGACAGGAACAAGUUCUGCAUCUACAAAAAGGAAGUGGACGACAGCUACAACGAUGACCAGAAGAGAAGAGAGCAAAACCAAUGCCUAGGACCGGAUACAAGGAAGAAAUCGGAAAAGGUCCUCUGUAAAUAUUUCCACAGUCAGAACCUACAGAAAGCAGUGACCACGGAAACAAUUAAAGGGCUUCUGCCGGGAAAGUCUUACCUGCUGGAUGUGUAUGUCAUAGGGCAUGGGGGGCACUCGGUGAAGUACCAGAGCAAAGUCGUGAAAACCAGGAAGUUCUGUUAGUUACCUCGUCUGGAGAGAUGCUAUUCCACAGACCUGCAGGAGAGACAUGGAAUCACUUUAAGGAUAGACUGACUAAUCCCACGGCUGAGAGAAGCGGUGACCGGUCGUCAGACCAUGGAGGGAGGGAUAUCAACUUGCGUAUGUUGGGUUGAUAUGAGUAGCUGUGGAGAAGACUUGGUGUCUAGUGAGCCUCAGUGGUACCUAGUGUGCGUCUGCUGCCCGCUGCUGUCGAAGCGACAGGGCAUCUGGAAGGAACCGCCAUCCCUUGUUUUGACCACUGCAUGAACUGCUUCUAAAUUAUUUUAUUACAUGAAAGUUUAAAAUAUGCCAUUCAUUGCACACAUCCACAAAUGCAAAUCAUUCCUCUCUAUAGAUGCUAGGAUAUAUAUAAAUUAUUUUAUAAAGUCUUGUUUUAAAUGUCAGUGUUUCUAUGAUUGUAAACUAUUAAAUUCUUUUCCUGUUAAAGUACAGAUCUAAUCUAAGUAUAUAAUUAAGUGGACAGCCCUCUAGCCAGUUAUAUUGCUAUUGUAAAUUCUUAUCUGUUGAGUAAAAUGUUUAAAUACUGUAUGUAUCUCAUGUACAAAGUUGACAUACAUUAUAUCCAUGUACAUAAAAUUAAAGAUAUUAGAUUAUAUACUGUUCAUUUUCCCAA